AUGAGCUCGUCUAACCAGAACGAAAAUACGACCAUUGGAUCGAUCAAACAAACAGUCCUGAACGGCAUCGGCCCAACUGGACAAUCAGCCACCCCAAAUGAUGCCUCAGUCACACAAGAAAUCCAAAAGGAAUACACGCAGGAUGACGCUGCAAGACUCUUGAUCAAUACACGCGUCAAGCGUAUCCGACCGCUCGUUCCUCCUCAAAUCCUGCAGGAAGAUAUUCCUCUAUCCUCAAAGGCAGUUCAAACCGUCUUGAACGGACGAGUCGCAGUGGCCGACAUUGUCCAAGGAAGAGACGAUCGUCUCAUGGUCGUCGUUGGACCAUGCUCAGUGCAUGAUCCUGAAGCUGCUAUCGUCUAUGCGAAGAAGCUGAGAGAGUAUGCCGAAACCGCGAAGCAGGAUCUUCAUAUCGUCAUGAGGGUCUACUUUGAAAAGCCGCGAACAACUGUAGGAUGGAAAGGACUCAUCAAUGAUCCGGAUAUGAACGGGACCUUUGCCAUCAACAAGGGUCUCCGGAUGGCACGUUCUCUCCUUGUCGAGAUUGCAGAGCUCGGGCUCCCAGCUGGAUGUGAAUUCCUGGAUACCAUCUCGCCGCAGUACACCGCAGACUUGGUCUCGUGGGGCGCGAUUGGUGCCCGAACGACCGAGUCUCAGGUCCACCGUGAACUCGUCUCUGCACUCUCUAUGCCGACCGGAUUCAAGAAUAGUACCGACGGUACUAUCAGCAUUGCCAUCGACGCAUGCCGCGCGGCAAAGUCGGGCCACGUCUUCCUUUCGGUUGGCAAAGAGGGUCUCUCCUCCAUUGUCGAAACAGAGGGCAAUGAAGAUGUUCAUAUUAUUCUCCGUGGUGGGUCCAGCGGACCCAACUAUGAGCGAAAGCAUGUGGAACAGUGUGUCGCGGGGCUCAAGAAGGGAGGGGUUAAUUGGCGACUGAUGAUUGACUGCUCGCAUGGAAACUCGCUCAAGCAACACGCCAGACAGUCGUUGGUGGCGGAGGACAUUGCUCAGCAGCUGGAAAAUAGCGAGACGGCGGACGCUAUCAUGGGUGUGAUGAUUGAGUCUAACCUCGUCGAGGGGCGACAGGACAUUGGUGCUAAUGGACGAGAGGGCCUCAAAUAUGGAGUCAGCGUGACGGAUGCGUGCAUUGCAUGGGAUACAACAGUUACUGUCUUGGAUCGCCUUCGUCAAGGCGUACAAGCCCGGAGGAACCGUCUCGGCUCCAAGGCAGCUGCUCAGUGA